AUGAAGUCGUGUGGCAGCUUCUCCUCCUCUCACAGAUACCACAAACUGGUCUGGGGUCCCUACGGCAUGGACUCCCAGGGUCACCCAGCUGGGGUCCUUAUCGCAGGAGGCGAGAACGGCAACGUCAUCCUGUACGACCCGGCAAAGAUCAUGGCCGGAGAGACCGACGUGAUCAUUGCUGAGAGCGACAAACACACGGGGCCUGUGAGAGCGCUCGACGUCAACCCGUUCCAGACGAACCUGGUGGCAUCAGGUGGCAACGAGUCCGAAAUCUACAUCUGGGACAUGAAUAACUUUGGCUCUCCAAUGACGCCAGGACCGAAAUCUCAG